AUGCCCGUUGACCAUUUCCACAACAUAUCCCGCUACGAACCCCACACGAAUACCACUUUCCAACAGCACUACUGGCUCGACAUCAGCAACUAUGUUCCAGGAGGCCCAGUGAUCAUCCAUGCCAUCGGCGAAGACAACGCCAACUACGACCUCGAAUGGCUGCAGAAAGGACUCCUGCACGAAAUAGCCAACGCGACCGGUGGUGUCGCCGUUCUCUGGGGCCAAAGAUACUAUCCUGGCGGCUACGACAUCGUCCCAGACCACCGGUGGACCCGAGAAACCCUCCGCUUCCACAGCACCGAACAAGCCCUCGCAGAUCUCGCCUACUUUGCCCAGCGAGCAACGUUCUCGGGCUUGGAGGACAGGGAUCUCACGGCGCCAGGCACACCCUGGAUCAUCCUCGGCGGCUCGUACGGCGGUGUGAUCUCCGCGUUGACUCGAAUCCAAUACCCGGACCUCUUCUGGGGUCAUCAUCGAGGGCGGUUUCCACGAGCCGUCAAGCGGGCCAAGACCAGGGAGGUCGCGGCCGUGGUGGCGUGGUUGAGGGAGUGGAAUGCCACGCAUUGA